CAGACCAGUUGCCAAAGGGUCUAGAGUUCCCGCAUGCCCCACUUUUUUAAUGUUUAAUUUCUUGCGAAUGAUUUCAAUAACCUUAUGGGAGGUGAUUCCGGAGGCAUGGUCUACAGACAAAAAGGUAAGAAGGGAUGAACCAGCAAACUCAUUUUGGCUUCCUUAUAAUUUCAAUGAUUUUUCCCAGCAAAUAAAAAAAGAAUUAAAAAAUUUUUCUCAAAUAGUUAACCAAGCCGAAGAAGAAUUACAAAAUAUCCAAAAAGAAAUCAAAGGAUUAACCAAGACUAUUGAGGAAUUAAACGCGAUUGAAAGGGAAUUAAAAAAUAUCGCCACUAGUUUGACCGAAUUGAAUAAAACUGGGGAGGAGUUAAAAGAGACCGGAGAAAAUAUUAAGGGGAGUUUAGACGAUCUGGGAGGAAUAAAAGAAAAGAUUGCUGAAUUGGCUAAAUUAGAAAUUCCUUUAUCAGAAUUAGAAAAGACUGUCGGUCAAGAAGGAGGAAAGAUUGCUAAAGAAUUAAAAGAAAAAAUUGGUG